CCAUUGUCCACCCCCCGUCUCUCCCAAGUCCACAUCGUCCACAAUGUCUGCAACGGCCGGGCCAUCGAGGCCUGCGGCUCAGGUCCCGCCCCCUUCGACGUCGGGCGACUCCGAGAGCAUCGUCCCUCCGUCGCGCACUGGUCCCGAUGUGGCCGUGCUGCGCGAACUGGGGAAGCAGGCCCUCAUUGAGGCGCUUAAUGAGGUGCAAGGCGCCAAGACGCUUGUGCUGGACUCCGCCCUUGCCGGGCCGCUCGGUCUCGUGACCGAUGUCGCCAGCCUGAAGCACCAUGGCGUCGACAAGAUGUUCUGGCUCGAGCCCGGCCCGCUCAAUGUCAACACACGUAACGUCGUCUGGCUUUGUCGGCCGAAACGCGCGCACAUGCGUGUCAUAGCCGAGCAAGUCCGCGCCGCUCCAGGCCUGGUCUACACUGUGCUUCUGGUGCCGCGUGUGACUGAGCUGUGCCGGAGAGUGCUGGAAGACGAGGGCGUCAUCGGCGACGUCACGUUGGCCGAGUUUAAGCUCGAGCUCAUUCCCAUCGAGAACGAUGUGCUAAGCCUGGAGCUUGACGAUGUGGCGCGCGACAUCUUCCUCCGAGGCGAUGACACACCGAUCUACUACUCGGCCCUAGCGCUGGGAACGCUACAGCGUGCCUUCGGCUCCAUCCCGCGAGUAGUGGCGAAGGGCGAUGCAGCUCAGAAGCUCGCCGCCCUCCUCAAACGCCACAAGCCUGAGGUGCCGCCCUCCGAGCACAUCGACAGCCUCAUCAUCAUUGACCGCGCUGUGGACUGGGUCACGCCCAUGUGCACGCAGCUCACAUACGAGGGCAUGCUCGACGAGUUCAUCGGCAUUCACCACGCCCACAUGGAGGUCGACCCCAAACUACUCGAUCCGAACAGCACCACAACAAAGAAACGCAAGCAUCACCUUUCCUCCGCCGAUCGCCUGUUUGCUGAUCUUCGGGACCUCAACUUUGCUGUUGUGGGCAGCAGGCUGAGCAAGCUCGCGCGCCGUCUCGAGACUGACUAUGGCGGCGCGAAGACUCUCAAGAGCGUCAGCCAGAUGCGUGACUUUGUCGGCAAGCUCGGAGGCCUGAAGAGCGAGCAAGAAAGUCUGCGCUUGCACACGGCCCUUGCGGAGCAGCUCAUGCCCCUCACGCAGACAGAAGAGUUCAACAAGACGCUUGAGGCGCAGCAGAAUCUCGUGGCGGCCUAUGACCCGGCGGCCCAGCUCGCGAUAAUUGAGGACCUGUUGGCACAGGAGGCCUCGAUGCCCGCUGUCCUGCGCAGCGCGGUUCUCAUGUCUCUCACGGCCGGUGGCAUCCGCCCGAAGCCGCUCGAGGCGUUCAAACGUGACUUCCUCCAGACGUACGGGUAUCACCACUUGCCGCUCCUCGUGUCUUUGCAGGAGCUAGGUCUGCUUGUGAAGGCACCAUCGCCUGCUCAGCCGCCGCUGAGUGUGCGCAAGAACCUGCGCCUAGUCGUCGACGAUGUUGACGACGCGAACCCACACGACAUCUCGUACGUGUACUCGGGCUACGCACCCGCCAGUGUGCGGCUGGUGCAGGCGGCAGCGCAGCGCAGCGCGAUGAAUGGCGACAAGAGCGACGUCGUGCGCAUGGAGGGCAAGCGGCCCAUCACCGGCUUCCGUGGGCUGGAGGACGCUGUCGCCGCCCUCCCCGGCGCUAGCUCGGACUCGGGGACUGGCGGCGCAAGCCGGCAUGCGGCAGGUACAACGCUCGUUUUCUUCCUCGGCGGCUGUACGUACGCCGAGAUCAGCGCGCUUCGCUUCAUGAGCCGCCAGGGCGGGCGGCAGUUCAUGGUGGCCACAACGGGGAUGGUGAACGGCACGACGCUGCUCAAGAGCUUUGGGGACCCGGAGCCCGUGCCGCUGCAGCCUCAGCGAUAGAUGGCCGAGCCGAGCGAGGGCUGCGACGGAGAUUGGGCGAUAGACAAGCUUGACAGUUGUACAUAUGCAUACAAAUAGAGCUGA